GAGAACGUGUGGCUCCCCCCUCUGAGGAGUUCUGGGAACCUUCAUGACUGACCAGACCGCCGGGGAUCCAUUGCGAGGUGUCGGACGGACUGCUAACAACUGCUGUCCAGUGUCGAGGGUGCUGAGCGAGUCCAGAUCUCCUGUUGCUGCCAUGAGCUUCAGGGCGCUGAUGCUGUCCUUCCUCCUGGUGUCUCUGAGCUGCUCCAGAGGAGCCAUCAUCACAGGGGCCUGUGAGCGGGACGUGCAGUGCGGCUUCGGUCAUUGCUGCGCCGUCAGUCUGUGGCUGAGGGGCCUGAGGAUGUGCGUCCCAAGAGGCAUCGAAGGGGACGAAUGCCACCCUUUUAGCCACAAGGUGCCCUAUCUGGGGAAAAGGCAACAUCACACCUGCCCUUGCCUCCCCCACUUGAUGUGCAGCAGGUAUAGUGAAAGCAAGUAUAGAUGCACGGACGACCUGAAAAGCCUGGACUUUUAACAGAUGUCCAAGCAUUCAGAUGAAAAGGGGCAGAGCACAAAAAGCAUUCAGAGUGAAAGAUCACAAACACAUAUUUAAUCUUUACUGCCUGUAUUGUUCAUUUGCGUACUCUAUGCACUAUAAAACAUCGUUUGGAUUCUACCAAUCCACACAUCAAGGACAAAGAGAGAAAUAUCAAGAGAGUUGAACCUUAACUCGAGCCACAGCAGACGUCCAACACUUUGUACUUAACCAAAUGAAAAGAAUCUUUGUGAACAAUUAAAACAUUGUAUCUUUUGUUUUCAUGCUCACGUUACGUUAAGUUGUCAAAAGAUAUGUAUAAAUACUAUUGUCAAUAAAAGAAUAAUUACAA